CUGUCUCUCAAAAAAACUUUUUAAUUUUUUUUUUAUUUUAUUUUAAAUAAACUCUUCUCCCUGCCUUUUGUUCCCCAGAUCCAGUCUUCAUCCAGACCUGAAAAGACCUAGGCUCCAGCUGCCGGUCUCCUGCUGCCCCUCAGGCCAUGUGCACAGGAAAUGCCAGGGGUGGCUUUUUCCCACUGCCAGUGCUGUGGUCUACAGUGCUAGGCAGCCCCUCAGCCAGCUAGACAAAGUUCUCCAUGAAUCCUUCCCAGAAAGUCCUGUUCCAGCCUGGGGCGGAGUCCCCAUGACCCUCAUGGCACCACUGGCUUCUCAUGUCAGCUAUGUUACCUUCCUGCUCCUCAAGGUCAUGAUUACGGUGGGGCAUUGGUUCACUCACAGCCUUCCCGCCAUGCUCCCAAUACACAGCUCAGCACCUGGUACAACCUAUGUCUCCAGCUUGGGUGGAGCUCUCAUGCCAGGCCACUUCUCACCCAUCACCCUAACCUGGGUAGGCACCAAGAGUGAGCUGCAGGGUCAAGGACCUCUGGAGCAGCCCCUACCCACCCUGGCCUGACCCUGCACCCACUGGCAGCACAGUCAACACAGCAGGUUGGCUCACAGCAGAGGGCAAAGGCCAUGAUCAGCUUCUUUUAUAAGGGAAUGAUCAUGCACUUCAUGUGCUGAGAGUGUCCUGCCUGGUCCUCUGUGGCUGGUGGGGUGGGGGUGCCAGGUGUGUCUAGAGGAGCCCAGUGGGCAGCAAGGCAGUCAUGGGGCUGGAUGCACUGGUGCCCCUGGCCAUGACAGUAGCCAUCUUCCUGCUCCUGGUGGACCUGAUGCACCGGCGCCAACACUGGGCUGCACGCUACCCACCAGGUCCCCUGCCACUCCCUGGGCUGGGCAACCUGCUGCAUGUGGACUUCAAGAACACACCAUACUGCUUCGACCAGCUGCGGCGCCGCUUCGGGGACGUGUUCAGUCUGCAGCUGGCCUGGACGCCGGUGGUCGUGCUCAAUGGGCUGGCGGCUGUGCGCGAGGCACUGGUGACCUGCGGCGAGGACACUGCCGACCGCCCGCCUUUGCCCAUCUACCAGGUCCUGGGCAUCGGGCCGCGCUCCCAAGGGGUGUUCCUGGCGCGCUACGGGCCCGCGUGGCGCGAGCAGAGGCGCUUCUCCGUGUCUACCUUGCGCAACUUGGGCCUGGGCAAGAAGUCGCUGGAGCAGUGGGUGACCGAGGAGGCCGCCUGCCUCUGUGCCGCCUUCGCCGACCAAGCCGGAUGCCCCUUUCGCCCCAAUGGCCUCCUGGACAAAGCGGCGAGCAACGUAAUUGCCUCCCUCACCUGCGGGUGCCGCUUUGAGUACGACGACCCUCGCUUUCUCAGGCUGCUGGACCUAGCGCAGGAGGGAUUAAAGGAGGAGUCGGGCUUCCUGCACCAGGUGCUGAAUGCCGUCCCCCUCCUCCUGCGCAUCCCAGCGCUGGCUGGCAAGGUCCUACCCUCCCAAAAGGCUUUCCUGACCCAGCUAGAUGAGCUGCUGACCGAGCACAGGAUGACCUGGGACCCAGCCCAGCCACCCCGAGACCUGACUGAGGCCUUCCUGGCAGAGAUGGAGAAGGCCAAGAAGAACCCCGAGAGCAGCUUCAAUGAAGAGAACCUGCGCCUUGUGGUGGCUGACCUGUUCUCUGCUGGGAUGGUGACCACCUCGACCACACUGGCCUGGGGCCUCCUACUCAUGAUCCUGCACCCGGAUGUGCAGCGCCGUGUCCAACAGGAGAUCGACGACGUGAUAGGGCAGGUGCGGCGACCAGAGAUGGGUGACCAGGCUCGCAUGCCCUACACCACUGCCGUGAUUCACGAGGUGCAGCGCUUUGGGGAUAUCGUCCCCCUGAAUAUGCCCCACAUGACAUCCCGUGACAUCGAAAUACAGGGCUUCCUCAUCCCUAAGGGGACGACGCUCUUCACCAACCUGUCAUCGGUGCUGAAGGAUGAGGCCGUCUGGGAGAAGCCCUUCCGCUUCCACCCCGAACACUUCCUGGAUGCUCAGGGCCACUUUGUGAAGCCAGAGGCCUUCCUGCCUUUCUCAGCAGGCCGCCGUGCAUGCCUCGGGGAGCCCCUGGCCCGCAUGGAGCUCUUCCUCUUCUUCACCUGCCUGCUGCAGCGCUUCAGCUUCUCGGUGCCCGCCGGACAGCCCAGGCCCAGCCACUCUCAUGUCAUGGGCUUUCUGGUGACCCCUUCCCCCUACGAGCUUUGUGCUGUGCCCCGCUAGAGUUGGGCAUCAAGCCCCCAACUUGCUCCUCAGCUGGGACCCUGUUGUACCGAAAAUGAAUCUAGUGGCUCCCACUUGGUUUCUGAAUCCAGUCUGGGCCCCUGCCAAGGUCCUGGUUGUGUUGAGUCACCUGCCUGAUGUCAGCG